AUGCGUUUCACUGCUGCCUCUGUCCUUGCCCUCGCGGCCGGCGCUUUCGCCACUUCUACCAUCACCGAGGUUGUCACGACUUACGAGACCUACUGCCCCGAGGCCACCAGCUUUGUGGCCGGCAGCUCGACUGUUCACGUCACCACCCCUGGAACCUUCACUCUGACCGGAUCCUACACCGUGACUCGUCCUCUUCUGUCCUCCACCGUCACCAUCUGCAACGCCUGCGCCAGCUCGACCCCCGUUGUCCCUAUUGGCACCGGAACCCCUGCUCCUUACACCAGCGUCCCCGUCGUCCCCGGCUCCGGCUCGCCCACCACCUCGCCCGUUUCGCCACCUCUGUUCACCAACGGCGCUGCUUCUAACGCCGUUGCUGGCGCUGGUGCCGGUCUGGCCGCCGUCUUCGGUGCCGCUGCUGUCCUUCUCUAA